AUGUUCCUUCAUCGCCCCAUUCCAUCACUUCUUGAUUGCAAAUGGUCCUCAACCAAUCCCAAUCAUAUCAUUGUAGAAACUAAUGAGGGAGGCUCCUGCCUCAUAGACCUUAAUCAAGACGAUAACAACCCUCGCAAAUCCUUCUUGACAAACAACGACAGUCAUACAUUAUCCGUCGACUGGCAUACAAACGGCGAAUCCUUCCUUUCAGCCUAUUCUGAUGGGAUCGUCAACCAAUGGUUCAUUGAUCAACCAAACCCCAAAUACACCUUCAGACACCCUACGCUUGUGACAUGUGUCACUUGGAAUCCCCAAGAUCCGAACUGUUAUGCCUCCACAUGUCAUGAUGGCAACCUCUGCAUCAGGGACAUUCGUAAUGGGAAUGAUGGGAUUACCAUCAAAGCUGAUGACUCACGUCUCCUCUCUUGUGACUGGAACUGGCAUGGGAAAAGCUGCAUUGCUAUUGCAACGUCAGACAGGAACCACAUCAAGGUGUGA